GCGUAUUCGUCAAUAUUCCCAUCUGACGCAAUACGAAACAUGUCCCAGUCCACGUGAUGGAAGCAGUCUUGGAGUGUAGAGUCAGCUUGGUCUGACCAGCGUUGGACAGACCUCAGCGUGGGAGCCUCUUGUUUUAAUUUCUGCCUGUAGGCAGGGAUCAGCAAAAUGGAGUCGUGGUCAGCUUUUCCGAAAGGGGGGCGGGGCAGGGCCUUAUAUGCGUCGCGGAAGUUAGAGUAACAAUGAUCCAAGGUUUUACCACCCCUGGUUGCGCAAUCGAUAUGCUGAUAAAAUUUCGGUCCGUUUUCUGCGUCAUGUUUGGCUAGCAAAAAAAAAAAAAAUUCAUUAAUCCAAACGCCAAACUUUCUUCCACAUUAACUCCAUAAUAUCGACUGAAACAUGGUAAACGUUGUUUAGAAUCAAUCCUCAAGGUGUUUUUCACAUAUCUCUUCAUGAUAUAUCAUUCCUGGAAGUCUCCUCUCUGUCUCAAUCACAUGGAUGAAUGCGAGCAGCUUGGAGAUUACGCAACAAUUUCAACAAAGGACACCGGGCGGACACCUGGUAAAUGUAGUCUCUUAUGGCCAAUCUUCCAAUGAUAUGCCUUCAAAUACGUCACAAUGCUGCAGACAACUUGGAGAAACGAUAGAAAGGGCAGGCUAAUUCGCUGCGCUUUCACAGCCAUAUAAGGAGACAAUGAAAAACAGAGCGUCAGAAAUCCUGCUCAUUUCCUGUUUGAAGUUUCAUCUUGGUUUCGCCUGUAGCAUCAGUUCUGUGGCACUCACAGAUAAUAUCUUUGCAGUUUUGGAAACGUCAGAGUGUUUUCUUUCCAAACCUGUCAAUUAUAUGCAUAGUCGAGCAUCUUUUUGUGACAAAAUAUUGCGCUUAAAACGGGCACGUUUUUUAAUCGAAUAAUGAAAUAGCGCCCCCAUAGCUUCAACAGGUUAACAUGGUCUAUAGACAUCUAGAGGGCGCUAAAUCCCGUGUCAGGGUUCUGUUUGUUGACUUUUCUUCUGCCUUCAACACAAUCCAGCCUUACAUUCUGGCACAGAGACUCAGUCGGGACUUCUCCUUAGAUCGGGGGCUGGUUUUGUGGCUGUUGGACAUCCUGAGCCGACGCUCACAGCGAGUCAAAAUAGGUCCCCACGUGUCGGACAUACGCAAUACCAGGCUCUCCUCAGGGAUGUGUUUUGUCCCCUUGUACACUAAUAGUUGUACUAGUUCCCAUCCUGACAGACACCUCGUUAAGUUCGCUGAUGACACCGCCUUGAUCAGCCUGUUGCAUGAUGACAAGGAACAUCACGGCCCGGUCCUAGAUGACUUUGUAGAGUGGUGUGAGGAACAUCACGGCCCGGUCCUAGAUGACUUUGUUGAGUGGUGUGAGGAACAUCACGGCCCGGUCCUAGAUGACUUUGUAGAGUGGUGUGAGGAACAUCAUGGCCCGGUCCUAGAUGACUUUGUAGAGUGGUGUGAGGAACAUCAUGGCCCGGUCCUAGAUGACUUUGUAGAGUGGUGUGAGGAACAUCAUGGCCCGGUCCUAGAUGACUUUGUAGAGUGGUGUGAGGAACAUCAUGGCCCGGGUCCUAGAUGACUUUGUAGAGUGGUGUGAGGAACAUCAUGGCCCCGGUCCUAGAUGACUUUGUAGAGUGGUGUGAGGAACAUCAUGGCCCCGGUCCUAGAUGACUGUAGAGUGGUGUGAGGAAUCACACUUGGUCCUCAGUAGCAACAAGACCAAAGAGAUGUGCAUAGACUUCAGGAAGCGUACAACACCUCCCUCUGCAACAUCUAUCAGAGGUCAGAAUAAAGAGACUGUAGAGGAAUACAAAUAUCUGUGUGUCUUCUUGACAAUAAGCUUCAGUGGAGUAAAUGUACAGAUCUGAUUUACAAAAAGAGCCAACAGAGACUGUACUUUGUCAAAAAGCUGGGAUCUUUUAAUGUAGACUGUACUAUACUGACUCUGUUUUACAAAUCUUUCAUUGAGAGUAUUUUAACCCACUGUUCCUAGGCAGUCAUUGUAAAUAAGAAUUUGUUCUUAACUGACUUGCCUAGUUAAAUAAAGGUACAAUUGUGGUUAUAUAGUGAAUGGGUAGUGCCUGUAGAUAUACAUUGUGGUUAUAUAGUGAAUGGGUAGUGUCUGUAGAUAUACAUUGUGGUUAUAUAGUAAAUGGGUAGUGCCUGUAGAUAUACAUUGUGGUUAUAUAGUGAAUGGGUAGUGUCUGUAGAUAUACAUUGUGGUUAUAUAGUGAAUGGGUAGUGUCUGUAGAUAUACAUUGUGGUUAUAUAGUGAAUGGGUAGUGUCUGUAGAUAUACAUUGUGGUUAUAUAGUGAAUGGGUAGUGUCUGUAGAUAUACAUGCUGGGUAUAUAGUGAAUUGGUAGUGCCUGUAGAUAUACAUUGUGGUUAUAUAGUGAAUGGGUAGUGUCUGUAGAUAUAAAUAAAUAAAUAAUAAUAAUUAAUAAUAAUAAUAAUAAUAAUAACCCUGUUUUUGGUCUGCCACACAGCGCCUCGUACAGACAACAUAGUUGAUUUGCUACUGAUUGCUCAGACGUUUGUUUGGUGUUGGCUGUGUACUAAGUGCUGGUUGUAGCUUCAGAGAGGAAUUUCGCAUUGAAC